GCCGUAAGACCGUAUUAUAAUCUAUUUAUUUUUCGAUUAUGUCCAAUUACUAUAUUUAGAUAUUUUUCCAUGAAUGUGCAAGCACUUGUAAAUUCAGAUUUGAAAUUCAUGGAUAUUGUUGCUAGAUGGCCUGGGUCUGCACAUGACAGUAAUUUUUUCAGAAACUCUAGACUGUAUGCAAGAUUAGAAUCGGGUGAAUUCAAUAACAAUGCCAUCUUAGGAGACAGUGGUUAUGCUCUAAAACCGUAUAUGUUAACACCAAUAUUAAACCCGGUUGGACGAAUAGAGAUGCUAUAUAACGAGUCCCAAAUUAGAACAAGAAAUAUAAUAGAAAGGUGUUUUGGGGUCUGGAAAAGAAGAUUUCUAGUGUUAUCACUUGGUAUGCGAUUACAACUAAAAACUGUGCAGGUAAUAAUAGUUGCAACAGCAAUUUUGCACAAUAUAUGUAGAGAUAUGAAUGAGGAUUUACCUGAAGACAGUUCUGAUGAUGUCUUACACCAGUUAAAUGAAGCAGAAGACAUGGCUGAAACAGACCAUCGUCAUGAUGAUAAUGGUGAAGACUCAAUCACUAGAAACUCACUACUUAACAAUUACUUUGCUAGAUUAUAAUGUAUAGAUGAUCAGAGAAUGACACACAAUCAACGUGUUCUUUCUUAUCACUGUAUACGUUUAUCAUAAUGUAACAUAAUUAAUAGUUGAUACUAACAUGAUGCCUAAAGUCUAAGAAAAAAGUAUCUAUAAAUAGAAAUAUUUUUUAAGAAUAUGAAAAAUAUAUAAAUUAUGGUAUAGGUGCCUAUUAAAAAAAAUGCAUAAGAUUAAAAACUUAUAACUUAACUUAAA